AUGGGAGGGAGCAUGUCCUGCCGGUCGGUGCUCGGCUUGGCCUUCGCGGCCAGCGCCUUGGGACUGCCCGGGAACCGCCGGGUGACCUUCGACCUGCACCAGGCGCCUCGCCGCAGGGCUGCGCGUGCGGCCGAUCGACGAGAGCCCCUCGUGGCGCAGGAGCAGCCAAGGGACACGCUCGAGUCUGACUCGCCGCACCCCAGGUUGCGGCGACUGCAGGCGCCUUCGCACCCCGUAGACCUGUUCAAUUUGGACAACGUCCAGUAUGUCAUGCGCGUCGAGAUCGGGGAGCCGUGCCACGGGCCAGGCCGAGACGGGGAAGAGGCCGCGUCGGGCCCCCCGCGGGCGCUGCCGGCCAAGCGCACGUCGGACCUGGUCCCCGUGGAGUCCCAGUAUGGCGGCCAGGUGCUGGAGGUGCUGCCGGACACGGGCAGCCCCGACCUGUGGGUCGCAGCCAGCAAUUGUACCAAUUGUUUGGAGAAUGCCACAUUGUUUGAUGUGUCAGCAUCAUGCACUGCGCAGCAGUUGGGCGACAGAGAACGUUUCGCGUACCGUGACGGCACUUCCGCUUCGGGUGGUUCUUUCCUCGACACCGUCCGCUUUGGAGAUUUAAAGUUGACCUCGCAGUUCUUGAUCCAGGUCGACCACAUGGACGCGGAAACGUCGAUGCAAUCCGACGGGAUCUUGGGGCUGGCGCCAUUUAGCAGCAGGGGGAAGACGUUCUUGACCCGCAUGUUCGAGGAGCGGGAGCACUCGGUCUUGCCGAAGCAGUUUUCUUUUUUCUUGAAAGGUCACACCGACUCCACCUCCAAGCUCGUGUUCGGAGAUCCUGAUUUUGAUCAGUAUUCGAAAGAAACGAAAUUCCAAUACGCCAAGGCACAUGGAGGCCAGAGCCAGGCCACAUGGUUGGUCUCCGUCCGCUCAGUGACGUGGACGGGUUCUUCGUGGAGCGGACGCAGCCUCGCCGCCCAAGGUGCGGCACCGCUGGGAAGAGGCAUUGGGGCGCUCGUAGACUCGGGCACGUCGCUGAUGGUGUUGCCGAGCGAGCUUUACGACAGCCUCAUGGCCGAGCUGCUGUGGCGCCUGAGUGGAUGCGUGCACGACGCCAAACAAGACGUCGUGAGGUGCGAUUGUCCACCCGCUAACGAUCUCAGCAGAAUGCCCUGGCUCGUCAUUACCUUCAUCGGCGACGAUGACGAGGACUUCUCGGUCUGCAUGGCCUCGGAAGAAUUCAUCCUGGAGUCCCCCGACCCCGAGCGGCCUGGGGGCGCGCAGUGCAUCCCAGCGUUCUCCCGGGGCGGCGUGACGGAGACGCAGCGCAUGAUCUUGGGCAUGACCUUCAUGCGGUCAUUCUACACCAACUUCGACAUCGACAGCAUGCGGGUGGGAUUCGCUCGGAGUGCCGAGUCGCCCCUGCCGGGGCUCAGCAUGUGCAAUCCGCACAGGAAGAGCAUCUGGUGUGCUUCCGUCGCCGUGAUGUUGGCCUCGGUCGCGUUCGUCUGUUACGUCGCGCUCGAUUACGACAUGGGCAAGAAGGAGGCCGGGGCGGAUUGCUCUGCGGAGGGCGGCGGCGAGGUGGAGGCGGCCAGCAGUCCAGCCUCCAAGUGA